AUGGUGCGACACAAGAAAGACAAUUUCUCCCGGGGGAAGAAGUUCUCCUCUGCGCCCCGCCACCGCCCCGAACCCCGCGGCAACGACGACAAUGAGGCAACGACCGGCGCCUCGAGACCGCCAUUCAAGGCCGCCUGCUGGGACCUGGGCCACUGCGACCCGAAAAGAUGCUCGGGGAAGCGGCUGAUGCAGUUUGGGUUGAUGCGAGAACUUCCGAUCGGUCACAGAUAUCCGGGCGUGGUUAUCUCUCCCAAUGCGAAGCGUGUAUUGUCCCCAGCCGAUCGGGAUCUUCUCGAACAAUACGGAGCCGCGGUGGUGGAAUGCUCCUGGGUCCGGGUAAAGGAGGUACCAUGGUCUCGAAUCGGCGGAAGCUCAGUGCCAUACCUUCUCGCCGCCAAUUCGGUCAACUACGGUCGUCCCUGGCGAUUGAACUGCGUCGAAGCGCUCGCGGCAUGUUUCUACAUUUGCGGACACGAGGAUUGGGCGGUAGAGGUGCUCAAGCACUUUUCCUACGGAGAUGCAUUCUUGGAAAUUAACGCGCAGUUGCUGAAACGAUAUGCCGCAUGCUCGAAUGAAGAAGAGAUCAAGAAGGCAGAAGAGGAUUGGUUGAAGAAGAUCGAGCGCGAAUACUCUGAGAGCCGGGCAGAGCGUGAUGCUGGCGGCCCAGAUGAUAUGUGGACGCGCGGGAAUACUAACAGAGAAGAAAGAGUGGAUUCCGAUGAUGAUGAAGAGGGUAGCGAUAAAAGUGAGAAGGACGAAGAAGAGGAUGAAGAAGAUGAAGCGGAAAGGGACCCGUACGCGAUUUCAGACGACACCGACGACGAGGAAGAAAUGGCAGAAAUACGGCGCAAGAUCCUCAAUUCCAAGACCUUUCAGAAUCCUACACAGCCUGACAAACCCCAACCAGAAAGGAUUGCCCGACCGGAGCCGUUGCCUGUGGAUUCUGAUGCCGAGUCAGGUUCUGCUGGAAGCGAUGAUGAGGCGUUCGAUAACAUUAUCAAUGCCACACCGGUGACAGAUCGAACGGGGAUUAUUGCGAAGCAGCAACGAAAGGGCAAAGACACAAUCACGGCGUCAUUUUCGCGAACUGUCAUCUCCGCGCCGAAGAGAGGGUGA